UGUGUUGGAUUCGCUGGAAUAUCGAUUUUAAUUCACUCGUGAUCAUAAAAAAUAUAUAUUUUCACGAGUGGCGCAUAUUAUUUUCUAUUAUUACUCGUGAAUUAAAAACGAUAAUCCACCGAAUCCAACAAAUAUCCUCUAUGUAAUCAGACUAUUGCAAAUAAAGCAUUAAUUCUCAUUUAAAUUCAUUUUUACUUUUAACGCAAUUUUCGAAAGAACUUUAGAAUAUGAAUUUGUCACUACAAGUAUACACUAAUGCAUACUAUGUUGGGCUGAAAUAAAACUUGUCAAGAUAGUGUUUUAUAUUUAAAUGAGGACACACUAUCAUAAAGGGAUAGCCAUCGUCGUUUCCAAUGUUUGAUACAAAAGACGAUACCCAUAGUUUGAUAACGACAUUUGUGUCUUCAAGUAUGAAGCGUUCGUGCGUUUGUCACUGCCUACUCCUGAGACAUGCACAUCAAUACCGUCAUCAUUGGAACGAAACAUGAUGCGACACUUUUGUACAAAAUCAGACCUCUGACCGACCCUCGAGAUAACGUCUCUAUGACUGGAUGCUAUCAAUCUGCGACAGUGUAAUGUCAAUAUUCAAGAUAAGGAUGGUCCACCGGCCCCUCGCAAUUAUUUGCAUUUGGAUCUGCAAUAAUAGUGAUUCAAGCUGUACAGUUAGGGAAUUGCUUGUAUGCAUAAGAUUUUCAAUUGAAACAAUAUUGGAAGUGUUUUUGUGAAGAAUAUAUAAAACGUUUUGAGUUUGUUAUAAUAAAAUGUUCCUAUUGGUGUGUGCUAGUAUUCUUAUGAUGACAAUGGCGGCGACAUUGAGACCUAUAUUGGACCUGUUGGGACCAAUACUGAGUGCCAUGCGGAGUGCCUACCGUUCAGCCGAUCACCAACCGUAUUGUGGGAGGUCAGGUGGCAAAGCCUGGUUCGUGGCCCUGGGUGAUCCUGUUCGUCGAUGAAAAUGGAUACAUCUCCGGAAGUGGCGUCAUGAUUGACCAUAACGUAAUCCUCACGUCCGCCCAGCUGUUUGAAGGAUUGGGAUACAACAUGUAUGACUUUGACCUUCAUUACUGGAGGUUGUUUGCGGGCGAGUACAACGUCUUGACCACGGACCCCCACGAGAAAGUCUACACCAUCAAGAGUGUUUUCAUCCACCCUGGAUACAAUUACACCACCCUGGAGAACGACAUCGCCCUAGUCAUCACCACACAGCCCAUCGCAUGGAACAACCAUACGCGGCCCGCCUGUCUGCCCGAUAACUCCAAACGGGCGUCCGUCGGUAGCGUAUGUUAUCUCCCAGGAUUUGGAGGAAUGGGUGGCAUCCAAAUGACCGGAACCGAGGAGGUGAUGAACCAGGUAGACUUGACCAUCGUAGAUGACAGCGUCUGUGCCAACCGUUACAAGGGAUACAUGCCCAACAACAAAUUGUGCGCUGGAUACGAAAAUCAACAUAAAAACUUUUGCUGGGAUGACCUUGGAGGCCCUUUGAUGUUCAAGGCAAACAGUGGGGUCUGGGUGAUCCAGGGUUUGGCGUCAUCGGGUGGAAACUGCACACUCGCUAAUCAGCCUAGCGUGUUUGAGGACGUCAGCAUGAACACAAAGUAGAUCCGUACCACGAUGGAUGACGCCGGGUACCCCUACCAGUACUAGGCUGUAUGCAAAGUCCUUCGUGGAAUGUUUAUGUAGAUUUGUUAAAAUAUAGUUAUCACAAAAUAUCA